AUCAUAGUACGCAUAUGGCGUGUGUGCAGUUAUUACCAUGUUUAGUCUAAGGUGCCCAACCUACAGGAUAUGUUUCACAUUUAGCUAUAUGGUACAGUAGCCUAAUGAAGGCUUCAGCGGGGCGCCAGGGGUAGUAUUUCUGCAGAACAGUCUGCUUCGAGUUCGAGUAUUAUCUCGCACGGUAGGCUGCUGUUUAAUUAGCAAUGUGAGCUUUGCCAUCUGAACGCCGCCGCGGGUCCAGAGUCGUGUAGGCUACUGGCGGACACGUGAUACUUGGUGUCACGUUUGCUCGUACCCAAGGCGUCCUGCUAUCAGUUAGCCUCAAAUUUAGGGGAUGCACUCCCAAGCAUGACAGUUCAUAAGAGGGAGAGACUGGCAUCGAGUCGGAACACCAUGGCAAAGUUCCUGUCACAUGAUCAGAUAAACGAGUUCAAAGAGUGCUUCUCCCUGUACGACAAGAAGCGCAGAGGGAAGAUCGAGGCCAAGGAUCUGCUCACGGUCAUGCGCAGCCUGGGGACCAGCCCCACUUUCAGCGAGGCGGACCGACACCUGCAGAUCCAGAAGAUAGACAGGAGUGGGGAGCUGGACUUCUCCACGUUCCUGGUGAUCAUGCACCAGCAGCGGCAGCAGGAGGACCCCCGGGCGGAGAUCCUGGAGGCCAUGAGGAUGAUUGACAGGCAGGGACGGGGCUACAUCCCUGCUGCAGCGCUCAGAGCCAGACUCACCGGUCUGGGAGAGAAACUCACUGACCAGGAGGUGGACGAGCUGUUCCGGAGUGCUGGAGUGGCUUCAGACGGCUUCAUUCAUUAUGAGGAGUUUGUCAGGACCAUGGCCCUGCCCUCCGGCACACGCUGACUCCCCAGGCAGCACCAGACGGGGGGGGGAGAUGGGACACGCCUGCCCCUGUUUCACCAGGGCUAGGGUCAGGGGUCAGGGGAGCUUGGGGAGUGUUGGGGCUUAAUGCUAAAUGUAUUGCUCAUGUGUUCAGAUGCUAAAUGUAUUACUCAUGUGUUCAGUUGUAACCAAUACAAAAUGAAGUAGUGCUUUGGUGAAACAAGUAAA